CAGUAGCUCCAGCGGUGCGUCAGCCUGUAGCCAGGCCUCGCCUACGCCGGCCUCGGUCGGACUUUCGGAAGACGCGCGCCUAGCGCUACUGAGGCCCCUGCUGCGCGGGCGAGUGGCGCGCUCCCGCGGCGGGGCGGGGUCGGGCGGGGCAGGGGUCUGGGGCCGGCAAGGCGGGGCCGAGGUUGCGCUGGGCAGAUGCGCCGCCCGGCGGACGUGGCGCUCCCUGAAGACGUCAUCGCGCCGCGAGCUCCCCUUUGGGGCGCGCCGGAAGUCCCUGCGCGGGGCGGGGGGCGGUGCUGCGCCUACUUGGGUGGUUCUCGCGUGGCCGUCUUGCCACUUAGUGCCUUAGAUUCCAGCGAGCUACGCAAGCAAUCUUGGUCUAGCCGAGCUUUCUUCCCCAAAUCACGUAACCCUUGACCUUAUUCCCCCAAAGAACCGGCCUCCCGGGAAGGACCGCCCUGGCGGAGAAGACUCGAACGGCUCCCACCGCCGGGCGUUGGGGGAAAGGCUUGAGCCACCGCGCCCGGCCAGAACUCUUGACUGAUAGAAACGGAGGGUGUGUCCAAAGUUUUCAGGAGGGCCCAGUGGCUCUCCAAAACCUCUCCUCACUGCCUCGCCCAUUUCGCGUCAGCCACAACAAAUCAUCGUCAAUCUGUUCCAUCUUCUCCAGUCUGGUAGCAAAAAGGGGUGUCUCAGAAUCUCCGGCCUGUGAAACCGUGAGGGGAUUUGGCCAAGACGUUCUCUUCCUUCUGCCUCCCACCCAGCCACUCUUCACCUCCACCAUGAGCCUGGACAUCCAGUGUGAGCAGCUGAGUGACGCUAGGUGGGCCGAGCUCCUCCCCCUGCUCCAGCAGUGCCAAGUGGUCAGGCUGGACGACUGUGGCCUCACAGAGGCACGGUGCGGCGACAUCAGCUCGGCACUCCGAGUCAACCCUGCACUGACAGAACUCAGCCUGCGCAGCAAUGAGCUGGGUGAUGCCGGCGUGCACUGCGUGCUCCAGGGCCUGCAGAGCCCCUCCUGCAAGAUCCAGAAGCUGAGCCUCCAGAACUGCUACCUGACGGGGGCCGGCUGCGGGGUCCUGUCCGGCACGCUACGCUCCCUGCCCACGCUGCAGGAGCUGCACCUCAGCGACAACCUCUUGGGGGAUGCGGGCCUGCAGCUGCUCUGCGAGGGACUCCUGGACCCCCAGUGCCGCCUGGAAAAGCUGCAGCUUGAGUAUUGCAACCUCUCGGCUGCCAGCUGCGAGCCCCUGGCCUCCGUGCUCAGGGCCAAGCCGGACUUCAAGGAGCUCACGGUUAGCAACAACGACAUCAAUGAGGCCGGCGUCCGUGUGCUGUGCCAGGGCCUGAAGGAUUCCCCCUGCCAGCUGGAGGCGCUCAGGCUGGAGAGCUGUGGUAUCACGUCAAACAACUGCCGGGACCUGUGCAGCAUCGUGGCCUCUAAGGCCUCGCUGCGGGAGCUGGCCCUGGGCAGCAACAAGCUGGGUGAUGUGGGCAUUGCAGAGCUGUGCCCAGGGCUGCUGCACCCCAGCUCCAGCCUCAGGACCCUGUGGAUCUGGGAGUGUGGCAUCACCGCCAAGGGCUGCGCGGAUCUGUGCCGUGUCCUCAGGACCAAGGAGAGCCUGAAGGAGCUCAGCCUGGCUGGCAACGAGCUGGGGGACGAGGGUGCCCGGCUGCUGUGUGAGACGCUGCUGGAGCCCGGCUGCCAGCUGGAGUCACUGUGGGUGAAGUCCUGCAGCUUCACAGCCGCCUGUUGCUCCCACUUCAGCUCGGUGCUGACCCAGAAUAAGUUUCUCCUGGAGCUGCAGAUAAGCAACAACAGGCUGGGGGACGCGGGCGUGCAGGAACUCUGCAAGGGCUUGGGCCAGCCCGGCUCCGUGCUGCGGGUGCUCUGGCUUGGCGACUGUGAUAUGAGUGACAGCAGCUGCAGCAGCCUUGCCGCGACCCUGUUGGCCAACCAUAGCCUGCGCGAGCUGGACCUCAGCAACAACUGCCUGGGGGACGCCGGCGUCCUGCAGCUGGUGGAGAGUGUCCGGCAGCCGGGCUGCCUCCUGGAGCAGCUGGUCCUGUACGACAUUUACUGGUCCGAGGCGAUGGAGGACCGCCUGCAGGCCCUGGAGGAGGAGAAGCCAUCCCUGAGGGUCAUCUCCUGAGGCGCUUCCUGCCGCUGCUCUCCCUGGACGACCGGCUUCGAGGCACCCCUGGGGCUGACCAGCCCCUGCCAUGUCCUCGCCCUGCAUAUCCUAGGUUUGAAGAGAAACGCUCAGAUCUGCUUAUUUUUGCCAGUAUAUUUUGGACACUUUAUAAACCAUUAAAGCACUUUCUUGGCAGGA